UUCUGGCGGUCAAAAAAUUGUUUUAAUUUUGUAAAAAUAAAUUAAAGCAGAAAGUUUUUAGUAAAAUGAAUCUUUCUAAUAGUAUUCGUCGGCUGAAUUAUAUUGCAAAUGAUCUGGAAGGACAUAUGCGUUUCAUUUGCCCUGAAUGUGGCAAAGAACAUCAGUCGCAAGUAGAUUGGAGAAAGCACCUUAAUGAAGAACACAAUUAUAACAAUAAGGAAGCGAAGGAUUUUAACUUUCGAGAAAUUAAUGAUAAAUAUCAUGAAUGCCAAACUUGUUUCCAAUGGGUUGCAAAUGCCCACCAGUCAAUUGCAUUACUGCAAUAUCAUCGUUUUUUACAUUUGCCUUUCAGCAGUACCUACCAAUGUCGUCAUUGCGAUGGUUCAUACACAAGAAAACGCGCCUUAUGUGAACACCUAUUGCGUUAUCACACACUUAAAAUAAAACCAAAGAAAGCGGACAUAGAAGCAGAGAAAAAAAUAGCUAGAGAUCCUAAAGAAAAUUCGGAGUUCUAUUUGCGUUUUAUUUGUCCACAAUGUGGACAUUUAUUUGAGCGUCAGCAACAAUGGUUAUAUCACGUAAAUAAUGUACAUUACGUUACUUCCGCAGAUUUAAAAAUGCGCCGUUUAUCAAAUUCGCGAAGUCAUUGUUGCGUACAAUGCAAAAAAUUAUUUUGCACAGAUGACAAGACGAUACUGCAAAGCCAUCGUUUUAGUCAUUUACCAUAUAAAAACUACUUUCAGUGUGCAUUCUGUUCAUUUAAGAAGACACUUAAAACUGAUAUACUACAUCAUUUUAUUUGUGCACAUGUGGAAGAAUACGAGAAAGCAAAAAUGUAUAUGAAAGUGCCUGAUGAAUGGGGGGCAACUAUUUCGGAGAGUUAUAAACAAGAAUUGGAAAAACUACUGUAUAAUGCCAACAAGAAAAUAUGCAGUAAAAGUAGUACUAAUAAAACUAAAACUGAUCUUAUUCAAAAAGCCAUGAUGAAUAGUUUUAUUAAUUUAGAUGAGAAUGAAAAAAUUAAGGUACAUAAUUUAAGUCCAAAAAAAAUGGAUCGUACGCAAUUAUUUACUAACCAGCAACAAUCAAAAAAUAUUAAUAUGCAAAAGAAUGUAGAAUUUGAUGAGAUUUGUUCAACCUUCUUUGAAGAAAUUGAACAUAAUUCCGUGGAUACUGAGGCAGCAGAAUCACUUCUUUUAAAGGAGGAAAUUAAAAUUGAAUCAGAAGAUGAAAAUGAAAAUGAAGAUAAGAACGAAGAAAAAAUUGUAAGUAUAGAAAUUGAUGCGAUUAAUAGUGUAGAAGAAAGUGAGACUGAUGGUUCACCACAACGAAAAAGAUUCAAGACUAAUGAACAUUAUUCAACUGCUGAUAACGUAAUUAUUAAUCCGAAACGUGGAUUAGAACAAUUUAUAAAAUAUUUAUGUCCUCAAUGUGGAGAACAGCUUGAGAACCAAAAGCUUUGGCGACAGCACGUGUUUAACGAUCACGACUUGAAUAAAUCAAUAGAAAAUAAUUUUAGAAUUGUGGAUGAUAAAAACUCUUACCUAUGCUUAGAGUGUAUGGAAGUUUUAAAUUCAACUUCAUCUGCAGAAAUGCAACGCCACUACUUUCAACAUAUGCCUUAUCGAUCAUAUUUGCGUUGUGCUUUUUGUGUAAGGACAAAAUCAUCAAAGUUUAGAAUACUGAAUCAUUUACAAUCCUGCCACAAACAACAAAUUGGGCAAAGUAUCCAAGUAUCAGAUUCAAACAAUCCCUUCUUCAAGUGCAUGUAUUGCGAAAAGGAAUUUUGUACUCAAACUCUCUAUCAAAAUCAUCGAUCCCAAUGUAUAUUAAUUCGUCGCAAUGCAAAAACCGAUGAUAUAAUUGCCAAAAAUUCUAUUUUACUCGAGCAUUUAAAAGAAGCUAGUGAACGCAUAAAACGUAUUAUGCAAAGCAUGUAAUUACUGCAAAACUUUAUAUAUUUGUGUAGGUUAUUAUAAAAAAAUAUAUAAAUAAAUAAUUUUAGUACAAAGUUAAAAUAUCACGAAUCUAUGUGUUAAGUACAAAUGUACAUAAGAA